AUUAACACAAUUAACAUUACUAGUUUUUGACAUAUUCGCAUGAAUGAAUGAGAACUUAAUUUACUACAUCGUAUUUGCAAAAGCAAUCAUCGAAGCCCUCGGACGUGAUUUGUUAAACAAUAAAACUAUUAAUCAGUAUCAAAAUGUCUACACCACCUCGGGAAACUAUACAAAAGCAAAUCCAGCAAGAUUGGGCAAACAGAGAGUACAUUGAAGUCAUAACAGGAAGCAUAAAGAAAAUUACUGAUUUUCUUAAUUCCUUUGAUAUGUCGUGCAGAUCUCGUUUGGCUGCAUUACACGAAAAAUUAGUUUCAUUAGAGAGAAAAAUUGACUACUUAGAGGCUUGUGUCACUAAAGGAGAGACGCUUACAUAGGCAGAGAAAUGAACAUUUCAUCUGAAAACUUUUAAAGCAUUUAUUUAUGUAUAUUUAAAUCUCAAAUGCAUUCUUCAUAAUAAUACCUUAAUAAUGUUGAUUAAACUGAAUAUUAUAUUGGUACUUAUAUGCUUGGAUCUUAAAGGAGUCUUUGAAUAUAUUCAAAUAUUUUAAUAAGGUAUUGGUAUUAUUUGUUGUACCAACUUUACUGCUUAAUUUUGUUAAUGACCUACUUAUGACUUUGGCAGGUAUGAAAUUAAAAAAAAAAUCAUCAAAAUGAGUUCACAUUGUUUUCUGUGAUAAUCAUUAAAAAAAAUAUGUUAUAAGCUUAAUUUUUGCAUGUUAAAAUAAGUUUCAUUGACAUAUGAAUUAAAAAAUUAUGAUCAAUGUCUACAUUGACUUAAUUUAUUUAUAUACGAGAUUAUGGAUAGUACAUAGACAUUCUCUAUGGUUAUAGAAGAAAGUGUUCAACAGUAUAUACUAAAAACUCAAUGUCUGAAUGUUAUGAAGUUCAUAGUGUUUUUACUAUUGUGAAUAAUAUUUACUCCAGAGCUAUGUAGUGUAUUGCACCAACUGCAUUGGAGCAGCGUGGUGGAAUAAGCUCCAAACCUUCUCCUCAAAAAGAGGAGAGGAGGCCUUUAGCCCAGCAGUGGGACAUUCACAGGCUGUUACGGUUACGGUAUGUAGUGUAUGAACGGUUGGAGUAAAUGUGUAAUGAAAGAACUUGCUGUUUGAAAUGAAUUCCUAUUCACCACCAAUAAAAGUAUUGCUACUGAAAACAAAAACUAUUUUUAAUCUGUCAACACAUGAUUUAAAUCAAAAUCAAUCAACAGCCAAUCGUUGUCCACUGCUGAACAUAGGCCUCUCCCAAGGUGCGCCAAAGCUCCCUGUCCUCCGCCUUCCGCAUCCAGUUGGUGCCCGCCACCUUCUUAAGGUCAUGAUUUAUCAUUUACUAAAUAUAUAUACAUGUUUUAAUAAUUUAAAUCAGUGGGUUAAAUCAAUUGUAUUAAUAAAAUAGUUUAAAGUCCUUUUUUAUAAUUGUUUUAUUUGAAUAUACUUUAAAAUUAAAAAUAAUGAAAUCCGAAAAAUUUAUAUCACAAGUUUUUUUUACUUUUUUCAGAAUAAUAAUAUAACAAUGGUAUUUACCAUUAUUUUAUUUUAAUUAUAAAUUAUCAUUUUGUUUUUAUUAUAUUUAUGAUGUAUAAUUUUAAUAAUAAUAAUAUAUAUCUAUAAUGCGACUAAUAUCACUUGCAUUUAUUAUUUGAAUAUAAAUGUUGUGAGCAUUUUUAUUAUUUCUGUCAUUACAUUUAUUUUUAUGAAUUUUAAAUAAUAUAAAUGCAAAAUAUAUAAAGUAGAAAAACAUGUAAAUUCGUCGCGAGGUAAUCGAUAAUUAGUAUUACGUCAUGAUCAUAAUCGAAAAUAUUAAAUUAUAUAUUAAAAUUAUAAUAUAUAAUUAAAUAUAUAUAAUUAACUGCAUUUAAAUAUAGCUCAAUAUUAUUGGUUUGCUAGAUGGCAUUCAAAAUUAAGAAUGAUCAUAAGUUAUAAGGCUCCUUUUUGAUUCUCAUAAUCAGUUAUUUUAAAUACUCAAUAAUAGCAAUAAUUGAUGUGUUCCCUAAAUGUUACAAAAUUUUAUCAUCCUUCCUAACCACUCUUGAACUCCUGUCAACGUGGUUGGAUUGCCACAAGAUCCUUGUCGCACAAAAUUUAGAGAUUGCAAGUUUAAAAUAAUUUUAUGUAUUGUGGUACUGUGUAUGCCCCUUUAGAAAAAGUUAAGCCUUAAAAAUUGUGCAGAAACAGAAUUAUAAUUAUAUAAUUGCACUAUGUAAUAUAUAAGCAUACUUUUUGAAGAUUGAAUAAAUGGUUUACAAAUAUUACCGAAUAUUAUUUCGAACAUGUCAGCAACUUUUACUUAAUAUCGAUUUUCCACG